AUGUCGACGAAGACCAAAGUCGUUGUCCUCGGGUCUGGUGUCGCAGGGCUGACUGCCGCGCAUGUCUUGACCGACGGCGCGAACGCUGAUCAGUUCGAUGUGUGUAUCGUUGCUCGGGAUCUGCCCGAGGACUUCCACAGUCAAGCCUACGCAAGUCCAUGGGCGGGUGCGAACUGGUCGCCGAUGAACAUGGACGAACGUCUGACUGGUUGGGAGAAGCGAACCGUAGAGAAGUGGAGAGAGAUGGAAGCUGAAGGCUCUGGUCUGGUGAUGUACGAGAAGUCGAAGAUCUACCACAAGGGCCCUCCUCCGGAGAAGCUCCAGAGCAACUACAAGGCCAUUGUCGGCUCUGACUACGCCAUCUCCCCGUCGGACCUCCCCGACGACUUCGGCGUCGACACCGUGUCCACAUUCACCACGAACUCCAUCAAUCCGCGGCUCUACCUCCCCGCCCUGAAAGCCGAACUCGAGAAGCGCGGUGUCAUCUUUACCAGACAGCGCGUUAUCAGCCUCGACGAGGUUUGUGAGAUGGCGGGUGAAGGCGGUGUAGUUGUGAACGCCACAGCCCUUGGCGCUCGCUCACUGCUCGGUGUGGAAGACAAGAAGAUGUAUCCGGUUCGAGGCCAAACGAUUCUCGUCGAAGCUCCGAACAUCCGCGAGUUCAUGGCCUGCGAUGAACCGUACGGUCCCAACAAUGACUAUCUCUUCUACUUCAUUCCUCGGCCUGGAUCGACCGAGGCUCUCAUCGGCGGCACCUACCAACCUGGCAACUGGGACGUAUCCGUGAACUGGGACACCGCGAACGCGAUGUGGGAGAAGGCGAAGCGCUUAAUGGACCCGACGUGCACAUUAAGCAACACAACGUCGGUCUGCGUCCCGCUCGUGAAGGCGGGCCUCGGGUUGAGACGGAGUUCGGAGAAGAAGACGACGCUUGUACUUCACUCGUACGGCUUCGGUGGCGCGGGGUACCAGCAGUCUUGGGGGGCAGCGGAAGAGGGCGUAGAGUUGUUGAAGAAGGCCUUGAAGGCUUGA